GCAUACAUCUACUUUUUGUAGAUAAUUGAUUUUGUAUUGUAAUUGUAAAUAGUUAUUUGUUUUUUUUGGCGGCAGCAGACGUGUAUCAACUAUCAAAGUAUUAUUAAUAAUUAUUAUUUGUUGUAAUUUAAAAAUAUAAUUCAUCAGUUUUUGUAACCUAAAUUAGCGCUUGACUUCAAAACUAUAAGUUUACAGAGGUUAUGGAAUCUGAAACUAGUUACCAUUCCAUAAAAAAUAACCCAAAAUUCUUGCUUUCACUCAAAAGUAAAUAUGUGCACAUACAACUCAUCCAAAAUCGUACAAUUAACGGUUUUAUACAAGCUAUAGAUCCUGAAGGACACAGCAUAAUUCUCCUGGAGCCUCGUGGUGAAAGUUAUCGAACAAUUUUAAUACCUGGACACUCGGUGCUGGACCUUUCUAUAACAGAUCCCUCGUCUGACACUAAGCCGCCAAAAGUGCAUGCACUGCAACCAUCUAAGAUUGUUACAGACUUGGUUCCCAAACGAAGGAAGUUAAUGUCUUGGUUGAAAAGAAAUCGGUUGUCAGUGAUAGAGAAAGAUAAUAACAUAGUGUUAGGCAAUGUGCUGAUAUUACCUCCAUAUGACGCCACAUGUAUAUACUCAACUAAUGUCAUAGUAGCAAGACAUGUUAAGGGAAUAGUGGAUAAGAUGCCUGACGAUUUUGUCGAAACUUGAUUUGGAAUUUAGAAUAUCAAUUUUCUUAAGUAUUUUUGUAAAUAAUAUGAUUUUCAUGACCUUACCGAUGUAUUAUAAUUGCCUUGCUCCUAAUUUAUCCUAAUCUAAAUAUUUUCCAUGUCCAAUUUUCAAGAAUUUUUACUAUAAAACUUCAUACAUAUUAUAUAACAAAGUCUACCACCAAAUAUAUCUGCCUAUGUAUCUCUAUCUUUACUGUAACGAAUGUAUCGAAGACUACUGAAUAAUUGGCUGGUGGGAGGCUUCGGCCGUGGCUAGUUACAAUCUUACCGGCAAAGACGUACCACCUAAUGAUUUAGCGUUCCCGCACGGUGACUGGCACUCUGACGCCGUGGGUUGACAUUUUUCUAUUUCUCUUUUAAUGAUAAUUAGCGGACGCCCGCGACUUCGUCCGCGUGGUAUUGAGUUUUUCAAACAUUGCAUGGGAACCAUGGAUUUUUAGCCUGUGUGUUAAUCCAUAGUGAAAUCUAUUUCCAUUUCAAAUUUCAGCCAAAUCGUUUCAGUAGCCGCAGCGUAAAGGAGGAACAAACAUACACACCCACUUACACAAUAACUUUCGCCUUUAUAAUAUUAGUGUGAUUGUAAGAGGUAGUUUGUGUGGUUGUAGGGGUAAUCUCUGGAUCUACAGAACCGAUUUUGAAAGUUCGUUCACCGAUAGAAAGCUACGUUAUUUGCGAGUGUCAUAGGCUAUGUUUUCACUCCGUGUUCCUACGCGGGUGCGGGUGAAAUCGUGGGGCGUUUUAGCGGCAUUUUUUCGUCUUUUAUAAAUUUUGUAUUAUCUCCGAAACUAUAUGACUAAUUAACAUACUGUAAAAGACAAAUCUUAUCACUAUAAUAUCCUCUCGAUUAUUAAGUAAUUCAUUUUGAUAAGGAAGUUUAGUUUUGUAAAUAAUGACGUAAACCUUAAUAGAUGAAUUAAAUAAUUUAUUGAAGUACUAUAUCUGCUAUAGUAUAUAAGAUAGGUUUUAGAUUAAAAUUUUGAUAAAAAUCAUUACUGAUUUUUCUUAUAUGACCGUAUAAUAAUUGUUACAAUAGUUAAUUGUUAUUUUAAAUCAAUCCUCGUAUUUGUAAACUAUUACAUGUUUUAAAUUGUGUACUUGGAGUUUUUUCUAGGCAUAAUACAAGAUACGCGUGAAAAAGCUAGUACCUGAUAUUACCUCAUAUCUUCCAAACCGCUGAACGGAUUUAAAAAAAAAACAGUAUGACCACUGAGACUUUAAAGACUCGAGAUAUAUGCAUGUACACGCAAGGUAUACACAAUAUGGGUAUCAAAUUAAGAAGUAAUUGUGAACGAUUGUAAAAUGGUAUGUCAUGCUCAUGACCAUGUUGAAAAAAUUACCAUUAUUUAUCUUUACUUUAAAUACUAUCUAAUACAUAUUGUAGAGGUAAAGUUUGUGGUAUUGUAGGGGCUAAUCACUGAAUUUACUGAACCGAUUUAGAAAAUUCUAUUAUUAAUAGAAAGCCACAUUAUUUGUGAGUGUCAUAGGCUUUAUUUUAUCCCCGUAUUCUCACGAGGACGGCAAAUGCGUGUGUGGAACCACGGGGUUGCCGCUCGGCUAGAAUUUAUCGGCGGUGUAGAUUAAAUACACACUUAAUUUUCAACCCAUAUUCGGCUCACUGCUGAGCUCGAGUCUAAUCUCAGAAUGAGAGGGGUUAGGCCAAUAGUCCACCACGCUGACCCCAUGCGCAUUGGCAGACGUCACACACGCAGAGAAAUAAGAAAACGUUUUCCUUCGUCGUUUUUUGAGGCACGUGAUAUUUAAUUUCUUAAAAUGCACACAAAUGAAAAGUUGGAAGUGCAUGCCCCGGACCGGUUUCGAACUCGCCCUCCGGAAUGGGAGGCAGAGGUCAUAUCCACUGGGCUAUCACGGCUUAUAAAUACACACAUCACUUACGCAAUAAGGGAUAUACUAGGAAAAAAUCCUUACUUUACAUGAACUUAGGGACGGAACCCCAAAUUUUCUUUUUACCUAAGUAGUGGUUGUUUUUUUUUUAAUUUAUCUACAUAAUAUACUUAUUUAUUUAAUCAAAGUAUGUACCAUUGCUAUCUAUGCACUUUUGCCACUUCAUAGGUAGUUCAUUGAUCCCUUUACUAAAACUAUUCAGAUUUAUAUGGGAACCAAUAGAAUCUUUGAAUAUGCUUUGGACUGCCUCAUCAAAGUUGAUUUUCUUCGAAAAAAAAAUGGUAAUUUGUUGGAGCAAGGUCCGGUGAGUACGGUGAUGUCUUAGACAUUCCAAUUGAAGGCUGACGCUCCUCUAAUUUGGUAGCCGUCUGUUGUGCAGUGUGUGGUCUAGCGUUGUCCUGAUGCAGCAGUAGCCUAUACCUUGAGCGAUUGACCAACCUCGGUGGUGGUCUAAGUUUGCAGCACAGAACACUAAUAGAUAUCCGCCAUAAUCGUCUGGCCAGAUUAAAAAAAAACUGUAGUGAACGACACCAAUACUAGUAGUCCACCAAACUCUCACAAGUGAUUUUUUUUUGAGUCACUUUUCGCUUAGGGAGGACCGCGGAUUAUGGGAAUAGGGAUGAUGACAGUUUUUUAAAUUGUAUAUAAAUUAAGAGUAUACUAAUAGUUAAGCAAUUUUGUAAAAGGAACAGGGUAUCUGCGAUCAUUACUUUCGGAGCUACAGGGAUUUAAAGAGUCAGAUUUGCGGCGCUGCUGCGGAUCCUUGAAAAACGCCCCAUGGCUGGCAUUGGCAUGGCAAUGGCUCGAACUAAUGACGUCAUAGGCAAUGUAAUGAUCGUUAGAUUUGUAUGCGCGUUCAAACAAAAUUACUAAUAUCUUUGUUUUUAUGUAAUGUAAGGAAGCUAAAACUGUAUGAAUUUUUAUCUAAUUACGAUAAAAUAUUUUAAUAGAUUUUGAAAUUUUAUAAUCUCAUUUAUUUUGCAAAUAUCCAGACAAUUUUUGCUUUUUAUGUAUAAAUUAGUUAACAUUGACCCUAUUUACCCGAAUGUAUCAUAAAAAUCAAUAUAUUCAAACCUAGUCAUCAUCCCCAUUGCCCCCAUUGGCUAGUUCGUGUAUUUGUAUCAUACUUUUAUUAUUAUACUAGCAAACACCACGCGGUUUCGCCCGCUUGGUUCCCGUUCCCGUAGGAAUACGGGGAUAAUAAUUAUAUAGCCUAUAGCCUUUCUCGAUAAAUGGGCUAUCUAACACUGAAAGAAUUUUUCAAAUCGGACCAGUAGUUCCUGAGAUUAGCGCGUUCAAUCGAACAAACUCUUCAGCUUUUUAUUAUUAGUAUAGAUAUAAACGUGAAACUUCGUAUGGAUGUAUGUUACUCUUUAACGCCGCAACUAUAGUCAAAUUGAGUAUGUAUUUUAAACUAUGUAAACAAACAAAAACAGCUGACUCAGGGGUACUCAACAUUUUAUCAUUAUUAACGAAUAUUAUCAUGAAAUAAAACUUCCUGUGAUAAACAAAUAUUUUUUUAAUUCUAUAUUCCUAUAUAAUAUAUCCUGUUAUUUAUCAAACAGAUAAUGCUUCACUUAUAUUAAGGGUUCCGUAGGCAAUAAAGAACUCUUAUAGUUUUGUUUCUUUAUUAUGUAGAAGCAAGCAUAAGGUUUCCUCGACAUAUUUAAACACAUUAAUCAAAACGGUUUUCUCGGAGGACGAUAAGGGUGAUUGAUUCGUACGUUUCUUUUUUGGUGACGGAAACAAUAGCAACGCGGAAUAACUGCUCCGGCUAGUACCAGGCUCCGGUUCACUAAUUUUCGUACUAAACUAAAUAAAAUUAAUUAAUUAAACUGAUAAAAAACCCGACUGCAUAAAUGAUAAAAAAACUGAAAAGAAAAAAAAAGCUCAGUCCAGAAGUGUAGAAAACAAUGAGAAAACAGUCGGGACCUAUUAUAUUGAAUAGAAUGAUUUUCGUCUACAUUUUUUAUUAGGUCCCGACUUUAGUUUGAUCAAUUUUUAUAUCAUUUAUGCUGGGUUUUUAUAUUUGUUUAAUUAAUUAAUUUAUUUCACACUUUUUAGUUACGAUAGAUGGUGAAUUUCGGAUUUAUUGGUUACGUUUGUUACAAAGUACGAUAAUGUAUACCUAAGUCCAACCGAAAUUAAGUAAAUAUUCAAAAAAUCUACGCAACCCUCGGUGGCCGAAUCCGACUCGCACUUGUCCGAUUUUUAUAAUCAAUAUAUUUCUUUUAGUCUAUUUUAGGUGUUUUAUAACUACACUUCAUAAACCUCGCACCUUAUAGUCGUCCGCCUCGCGUAUUAUGUAUAGACUUAAUUAAUAUUAGAAUUAAUAAAUAACGUUUUCCUAA